AUGCAACAAAACGGGGCCGCGUCCGAUCUUUCCAAACACAGCGCCGGUCAUAACACGGCAACUACGAACGACACUACAGAAGAAAUUCAGCAUCAGCAGAGUGAUCGGUUCACUUUCAGCACCGAGCCAACCCUUGAGGGGAUUCGCCGCAUGCAGGCGGAAUUUACCGACGAGAGGAACUGGAACCAGUUUCACCGGCCGCGGAAUCUGCUACUGGCGCUGGUCGGUGAGGUAGGAGAAGUAUCGGAGCUGUUCCAGUGGCGCGGGGAGGUGGCGGAGGGUCUGCCGGACUGGACAGAGACGGAGCGGGAGCAACUCGCACAAGAACUCAGUGAUGUACUGAUUUAUCUGGUUGAACUUGCCGAGAAAUGCAGAGUUGAUCUACCGCAAGCUGUUCUGCGCAAAAUGGCCCUCAACCGACUCAAAUACCCAGCCAACAAAGUUCAUGGAUCAGCCAAAAAGUACACGGAGUACAAGGACUGACGUGAUUCACUUCAUUGCUGUGGCCAACGACUGGCGUUGAAAGUGAAUAUAAGUGUUUGAAAGAGCAGAUGUUGAAGUAUCGUGUGCCUUAAACAUUUUAAAAGAGUUCACUAUGCUCUUAUAGUUUAAAUUGACUAAAAUCAGCAACUUUAAGUUUCCUUUAAUACCCAAGCGGUUUUACGUUAGGUUUGCACAUAUAUUUUCGUAAGCAUUUUAAUCCCAAGCUUCAUGUGUUUUAUCAAAGCAAAAUUGCAAUUUAAGUUUUUUUAUGCUGUAUAUUGUCUUUGCCUCGUCGAAGUAAAAUGUUUUACAGCCA